AUGAAGAGGCGAGUGGGCAGUGUCAACACACUGCAUCAACAGAGUUCGGCUGUACAGAUACGGUUUGAUAGGACGGACCUGAUGCGAGUUCAGAUUCCGCAUGAGGAUCCCUUAGUUGUCAGUCUGACAGUGGCAGAGUGCUUAGUACGCAGAGUGCUUGUCGAUCCAGGUAGCAGUGCGAAUAUCAUGCCUAGAGUCACUUUUGAUCGGCUUGAAAUUAAGCCGAAAGAGCUCAAGUUUACUGGAAAUCCGUUGUUGGGUUUCGAUGGUAAACGAGUCGAACCAGUCGGCACGGUGGAAUUGGUGGUCCGCGCAGCUGAGAGGGACUUGGUCGAAAGUUUUGUCGUGGUGGAGAUCUAUCCCUCGUACAAUCUGUUGAUGGGGAGAGGAUGGAUCCAUAGGGUACAAGGAGUCCCCUUAACCCUACACCAAGUGAUGAGGUGCCUGAGCCCAGACGGGAGCAAGGUGAUUGAUAUCCAUGGGGAUCAGGUUGCGGCAAAGGAGUGCUAUUCAGUGACCCUAAGGGCCGCAGGCAAGGGCAAGGCUCCCAUCCAACCAGUUGAUGCCCAAUAG